UUACCAGAUUUUUGAUAUGUGUCGUUAUGCACCGACGACACAUGGUCGCAAUUGCGCCAUACCUUUAUCUUUUCUGCAACAUGGAGUGGUAAAAUAUUCCAUCACCAUCAUCAUCUCCCUCCCUCUCUUCCCUAAAUCCCAACCAAAUUAUUUCCUUCUUUCAUCAACACAUAGGGUUUUCUUUCCUCUUCUAGAAUGGGCUGAUCACACAGAAUCUUCAACACAUAUCUUCUAAGCAGAAAUCCAGUUUCUUGAUCAGCCACCAGAUGAUGACAAAACAGCAAUGAGGAAGUGGUGGUCGUCAUCGUGUAAGCAUGAAUUCUAGAGAGAGAGUGAAGCAAGAAGGGUCGCCGAAGCUCCCUCCGGCGAGAUCACAGUGGUCGUCGAGCCACAAAAACCCCCGAAUAGUGCGCGUGUCACGCAGCUUCGGGGGCAAAGACCGGCACAGCAAAGUGUGCACGGUGAGGGGGCUGAGAGACCGGCGCAUUCGGCUCUCCAUCCCCACGGCGGUGCAGCUCUACGACCUCCAAGAGAAGCUCGGCCUCAGCCAGCCGAGCAAGGUCGUCGACUGGCUCCUCGACGCCACCAAGGCCGACAUCGACAAGCUCCCUCCUCUCCCCAUCAUCCCAGGAAUCUUCUCCCCUAACCCUAAUCAAGAUUCCCCAUCGUCGUCCCUCUCCCAAUUCCUCGCCUCCAAGCAAGCCAUGAUCAAGACCCACGAUGAUGAGAGGGAGAGAGAGAGUACUCAGAAGUGGAUUCAAGAUCAGAAUCAUGAUGAAGAGGGUUUUGGGGGUUUUGUGGCACAGAAUUUCUUCCCAUUGGGGAAUGUCGUAAAUCAUCAAUCCCAUUUCCCUAAUUUUCACCACAACCCUUAUUUCCAUUGGGAUCAUCCCAAUUUGUCCCUCUCCCAUCAAUUUGGACCUAAUUACAAUCCUCCUUUGCCUAAUCAAGGACAAGGAGCAGAUCAAAUUAAUCCUAAUCCGAACUCUCAUCUCUAUUUCUACCCUAAUACUGCCCCAACUAUCCCACCCUUUCCUUCCUACUUGCCUCCUUCAAUGGAGAAUGUGCAGCAGAAUCUGGGUUUCUCGACGGCCCUCCACCUCAUGACCUCCCCCAUGAGGCCGUUCCCGUUGAAUGUAGCUUCCAAACCUGCUCAUGAGGAUCACGCCGGGAGAUCGGACACGAAGGAGGACUGAUUCUCUCUCUCUCUCUCUCUCGAAAUAUAUACAUUUGGAGCCCACUGAAAAUGGGAGUGUUGCAGCUAUACAAAUGCCAUAUACAGUAAGGGAUACGAUUCUUCUGUCUUUUUUAUAUGUUUGUUUUCUUUCUUUUUUUUGCAAGAGAGAAAUACAUUUAUACUUGAAAUUAGUGUGUGAUUAAAUACUAUACCUGUAUGUACUUGCGUAAAGUCACAUUUCUCAGGGUUUAAUUUUGAUUGGUGUAAUCAAUAAUUGAGGUUGGAUUUUGGGUGACUCUUGGAGAGAUA